CGAUCUGGAGGGAUCAUGUCUCCUAAUUCAGUUGUGGGUUCCAAGUGUUCCUGGUGGUUGAGUGGUGACAACAGACGCAGUUUGGGAUCCGGUGGUCCAAUGAGUAAUGGGAGAGGGUGGAGGCAAAUGCUAUCGGACAGGCGGAUUCUGUUCACGCUUCCUUUUCCUUUCCACACUCCACUUCACUACUUCCUCGUUCUCAUCCUCUUUUGUCCCAGAUCCUCAUCGUUGGUCAAAGAUACUGUCAAGCCCGAGUCUUAUGUCGCUGCGGGUGGGAGCAAUGCCUUUUCACCUUCGGUGGAGAUCGCUUCAUCCCAACAAGACAGCAGCUUUAUCCUCCCGUCAAGUUCGUUCGGCAAAGAAAUGCCCGAAAUUGUGGGCUCCAUCUCCACCAAUGUGAGCGCCUCGUUGGGCAGGACGGCUUAUCUCAAGUGCAAAAUCAAGGACCUCGGACAUAAAUCCGUCUCUUGGGUGCGCCAUAGUGACGUGUCUUUGAUCUCAGUGGGAAAAUAUCAGUACAUCAAAGAUCCCAGAUUCAAGAUUUUGCACGAACCUCAUGCUCAUGAUUGGAUCCUUCGAAUCCAGGCUCUUAAGUACAGCGAUGCGGGACUCUACGAAUGUCAAGUCAACACAUCACCCAUUCUUCGGAGGCCCAUCUUUCUCAAUGUGGUUGACCCUCAAACUGAGAUCCUAGGAGGGAAGGACAUGUUCAUCAAUCAGCAUUCCAUCAUCAAUCUCACAUGUCUAGUUCAUUCGCCGGAUCCACCCGCUCACGUGUUUUGGCUCCACAACCAGAAGCCCAUCUUGCCUUCCACGUCGGAGCUGAAUCCCGAUGGAUCCGUUAAUCGCAUAAGUAUCACACGUUCUGAGGACGAUCCCGACAAUGAGACAGAAGACGAGUGCCUGGUGGUGGCGAGCUACCUCAUCAUCGAAGAGGCUGGUCCCAACGACUCGGGCGUGUACGAAUGCAAUCCAUCAAAUACAAGUCCAGCAUCACUCACCGUUCACGUUCUGGAUGGUGAAUCUCCCGAUGCCCUUCAAACGAGUGGGCUGUCCACAUUCGCUACCUCAGAAUCGUUCACUUUCAUCCUCAUUUCCAUGCUUGGGAUCUCCUUGUCAAUUUGAUCUGGAGACAAUGGAUCAAGAAUUCUUGCACAUUCUAUUUUCGGUGGAACAACAAAAACAGGACUUGGGGAGAAAAUCAGGAGAAGAAGAAGAGAAAAGAAGAACCAGCCCCCUCCUCGUCCCUGUCCCCCCCUAGAGCGCUCAUCUAAGGUUCCACCUUGAAGAGAAAUGAGCGGCCUUAUUCUCCACCAUCAAGUGCAACAUUUCCAUCGUGCUCCUUUAUGAAUAUGUGCGGUAUUGCUUUGCACUUCCAAGAGUUCCCCAACGUGAUCCUCAUGAACCUUGGUGGCUAGCGGGGGUAAACAGACUUCAACGAGAAUUGGGCGCGGUUUUUUUUUCAACUUGCCACAUCGGAAUGCAACAGCGAUGACAUUAUCAAUGUGGGCGCACCCUCUUCUUCCAUGGAAAAGACAAAUAGCUGACUAUUCAUUCUCGACUUUUGUUCGAAAGUUCGCAACCAACCGGAGAGAACGGGAGACAGAUCGAGAAAAAAAAUUGUGAAAGAGCACCAGCAAGUUGGCUCAAAUAUCAUUCAAAUGAUCCACUUGACAUGUUCCAAAUUGAACUUUCUUCUCGCCCAUUGUUCCAAAGGCCUUCAGGGCCGAUCUUUGGAACUUUGGAGGCACUCUUCAAUCUUCAAUCCCCAUGCAUUGGAAAACACAUUGCUGAGUCAGUGGCCUCAGCUGAACACAUCACCACCCUGUCUUGCCAGGAUCGUCAUUUUCGACCAAAAAAUCGCUUGAAUGGAAAGUUGACGGCUUGAAGAUGGCUUCAUGAUUUGAAUCUGUCGGCUUGCUUCCACCACGUAGGUCUUGGUGGAUAAAGAAAGAAAUCUUAAUUAAGAUGGGAUCGCUAAGCCGAGGUGAAGCUGAGGACUUACCCAAUCAGACAUCAGCCCUGACUCAUUCUUGCAAAUCACAAUCUUGCGAUUAAGUGGAGUCCAAACCGUGUUCCAACACGAGCGACAGAGCUUUUUGUCUUCUCGUAUAUCGCUUUCCCAAACAGAAAGAGAGAGAGAGGGAAAGAAAGAGAGGUUACGGAGAGGGAGAGGGAUGGCUUGUUGUGCGUGCUGCUGUCUAUUAUUGGAACACGGAACCAUCUCGCUAGAAAAAAAAAAUAGGGUACCACUCUCAAGGGAGCCACUGUUUUUCCAUUGAUAAUGAAACUCCAAAGAAUGUCCCCUCGCUCACCCACUCUUCCCUGUCGCUUGGAAUUGAAUAGAUGAGGAGAAUGACGGUGAUGAUGAUAGAAAUUUGUUUCCUCAAACCGAACAAGUUGCGAUCUGGUAAGUUGGACAUUGGAAGCCUUUGACAGAAAUUGAAAUCGAUAUGCAAAUCUUCGUCUGCCUCGAUCGAAUGACUGGCACUUCAAAUUGCCUCUCGUCUAUGUGAAGCGUCUUUUCGUGAGGAAAACAUUCAAGGCAAGAGCCUUAGUGAUCGACAUUUGGAGCCAUGACCUUCAGUGAUCUUCAAUGUUCCGUGGUGCUUCAACCCAAGAAACUUGGGAACAGAGAAGACCGACCGUCAAACAGGCGGUUCUGAGAUUGCUUCAAAAACAAUCCCUUGUGUAUAAAGAUGAUAUACCGAUUAGCUUUUCUAAUAUCAUAACCAGAUCCCACUGACAUUUGAAAUAAACCCAAACAUACUGCACACCUCCUACCAGCCUUGGCACCUACCUAAAACUCGUGACUCGCGACGUUCCAUUCACUCGGCACUUGAGUAAAGUAACAUC